AUGGCGCUGCCCCGUGAAAGCAUGGUUGCCGAUAUCAAAGAAAAAACUCAACAGUUUCUUUCAAGCAAAGAGCAUUCAAACGGUUUUGUCGACAUUUUGGAAUACAUGCAAAGUGCAGAAGUUGGUGUAGUCAUUGCUGCAAUAAAAGCCUCUCAUAAAAUAUGUAUGAAUCUGUUAUCAACUGACAAGUUGUAUCACUGCAAAGAUGGCAGUUCGUUAGAGAAUGUCACUGCAACACAGAAAUAUGAAUCCUGGUUGUUUGAAAGAUAUCAAGAUUGUAUUGAAAAUCUCAUAAAUUCUAUGACCCAUUCAUCUUCAAAUGUACAGGAACUUGCACUGUGUACUCUAAUGAAGUUUGUAGAAUGUGAAUCACAGCAUCCUCCAAAGCCACACAACCCAGAAUGGUACUUUCCAAGCACAUUGUUUACUAAAAUUGUUCAUGUUUUAUUGUCAACUGAUGUGGAUAUGAGGAAACUCUUAGGAAGAUUUCAAGAGUAUGUCGAGUAUGAUGACAUCAGGUAUUACAUGUUGAAGAGAAUCACCGGGAAAACAACACGUUUCAAGAAAAAUACACAAAAUGUGGACACUGAUGUAUUGAUACAGAACAUAUUCUGUAUAUUAGAGCAGAUAUCCAGAGUGAUAUCCACUGAUAAAGAGAAAGAACUUGACAAUUUUUUAACCAAAUUACCAGAUGCUGUGGACAAAUGCAAAGUUACAGUACAGAAGGAACACCAGAUUGUUUUUGACACUGCUUGGUUUACACUGCUGCAGUGUCAGCUGCCAAACAGUAUUUACAAAAGAAUCUUGAUUCUAUUACCUGAACACAUUAUACCUCAUAUGAGAAAUCCUGUUUUAUUGAUCGAUUUCCUAACUGCUUCAUAUAACAUGGGUGGAGCAAUCAGUUUGCUGGCUCUGAAUGGUUUAUUUAUACUUGUACAUCACCAUAACCUAGAAUAUCCUGAUUUUUUCAAGAAACUUUAUGCAUUAUUAGAUCCAGCAAUCUUGCAUGUCAAAUACAGAGCAAGGUUUUUCUUCUUAACAGACCUGUUCCUCAAAUCCACACAUUUACCUGCAUAUUUGGUAGCAGCAUUUGUAAAGAGAUUGAGUCGACUAUCAUUAACGGCACCACCAAAUGCCAUCCUGCUGGUUAUUCCACUGAUAUGUAAUUUAAUACAUAGACAUCCAAAUCUCAUUACUCUUAUACAUAAACCAGAUGCACAAACAGAUAUAUCAGGUGAUCCUUAUGACAUGGAGGAACCUGACCCAGCUAAAUGCCAUGCAAUGGAAAGCUCACUAUGGGAGAUUAAAACAUUAAAAUCGCAUUAUUACCAUGAAGUUGCAACGUCAGCCACCAAAAUAGAAAAACGGUUUCAAAAAGAAGAGUGGGAUAUUGCCGAGUACUUGGAGCUUGAGAUGUCAGAGCUGAUUGACAAAGAAGUUAAAAAGAAGAUGCGCAAAAUGCCAAUGGAAUUUGAACAACCAACUGGACUGUUCGGUGGAAACAGUGAUAAAAUGAAAGACUUAUGGACAUUGUAGAAAUAAAAUUUAUAUUAAGUAACAUAGUUUGUUUUAACUGUAUUUGAAAGGCAGAGAUUGACCAAAUUGUAUGUAUAUUUAUACCACUUAUAGUCACAUGCACCAUUGUUCUAAGCAAAUAAGUAAACCUUCAGUUAAUUGAUAUUCAGUUAAUAAACCGAAUGAUUUUAACAU